UCCGCACCGAAGGUAAAUCAUUUACUUCAUCUAACGGUAAACAGCUCAAUAAAAGUCAGUGACUUUUGUAAAGGCGUAAAACGUCAAGUCAUUGAGGAUUAACAACGCACUGCUGGUUGUUCACUUCAUCCAGGCCAGUGGGUCCUGAUCCAUCCAUACAAGCUGGCUUGGGAGAACGACGCCAACAGUCGAUCUUGAGAAAGUAAGGCGUUAACGACGCUUCUCUUCCGAGACAGCUGGAUAAUACUAGUAUAUCGAGAAUUUUUGGCUUUGAAACGUUUAUUUCGUGUUUGAAUAUCUCUGGUGAUUUGUUAAUAGUAUUCAUGGGCGACUUUGACAUAAAAAGUUUAUACAUUUCAAGAGAAAAACUGUUCACACAACAGUGCAAACCGUUACCAGUGUCUUCUUUAAGUGACAAUUCAUCUAACAAAUGUUUCGGAUUUGCCAUCGAUGUCUUGACGCAAGUAAGGCUUGGUACUUCAUCUACCUUGUACUAGUUGUAACAAUAUUCACUUAUAUUAUUCACAACACAAUUCCAUACCGUGGGCACUCUGUAUUUUCAAAAGAUGGGAUUAGUGAUGCAUAUCUUAAUGUCACCAAAAAUAUUCUUGCCACACUACAAUCACAUCCGCAAGUGAUGGGUAAUAAAGCAAAAAAUAAAGAUGGCGUAUCAGAGUCGAAGAGAACAAAUGCAGUACCAGGAGACAUACAUUUUCAUGCAAGUAAAUCAUCAAACAAAACUGCUGUAACAAUAAGUAAAAAUAAUUUACAAAACUAUCAGACAAGUAACAGUACAUCAGACCAAAAAUUAUAUAAAAUUGAGAUGGAAGAAGACACUGGGUCUGAUUUCCAAUAUAUCCCCAUUGAAUACUCAUUUACACUUUUAAAAGAAACCCUUGAAGAAACACACAAGGCUGCUUUACAAUAUUUAAGAAAAUAUAAUCUUACAACAAAAGUACCAAAUACAGUAAGAUACAGAAAUUAUAAAGCUCAUUCAAGCGUCAAAGAAUAUGAAACCUCUGUGACCACAAUAAAUCCUGAAGUUAAAACUGAAGUAUCUCAAGGCCAUAAAUAUGCACGAAGCCAAAUGAAUUCUGAAGAAAAUAUAAAACAAAACAUUGGGAAACCUGAAGAUACCUAUCAAUCAAGAAUAUUCAUCCCAGGAGAUAAUACAUUUCUUAUAAGAACUAUGAUGCAUCCUUGCAAUUGUGUAAGGGAACUACAAUCCAACCUCCAACUCAAUCCUCCUACAAAUGCAACUGAAAAACAGAUCUUGCAAAGGAUAAAUGCAACAUUUGGAGACUCAACGUGUAAUGACUGGGUCACAAUGCGUGGCUACCACCAAAAGGUAAUUAGUUUCAGCCUCUUUGGAAAAUUUCUCAAUGAAUACUACAACAACACGCCAUCAAUUAUCAAGCAAAUAUCAUCUGCAUACCCUGGAUGGUUCAUUCGGAUUUACCAUGACAUGAAUCUUGAAAGAAAAGAACAAGAACAAUGGAUGUGCUCCCUCAUUUGUAAAUAUCCAAAUGUGGAUUUCUGCCAUGUCAAAAACUUGACUGGAGGCCUAGGAGACCUAAGCUGGACCAUUGGAUCCAUCUGGAGGGUCAGUGUUCUUGGUGACCCCCUUGUUACCCAAUUCUUGAUCAGAGACAUGGAUUCCCCUCUACUACAGCGAGAAAUUGCAGCCGUGAAUGACUGGCUUGAGUCACGUAAGUGCUUCCACUUCAUGAGAGAUAACCCUAUGCAUGAUCAACCCAUAAUGGCAGGAAUGUGGGGAGGCUGUAAUUCCUUUUACCCUGAUGCGAUGCCAAGGCUCAGGAAUACAGUUUUCAAGUGGUCUAACAAGUCUACAUCACACCAUUCAAGUGACCAGCUCAACCUUUCAUGGCUACUGUGGCCAACUUUCAAAAAGAAUCACACAUCACAUGAUGCCUAUUCAUGCCUUGAGUAUCCAGAGUCUCGCCCAUUCCCUACAAGACGUCUGAACUUUACUUUCAUAGGAAUGCGUACAGCCAGAAAUGAGUUUGCACAAGAUAAAAUCAAUAAACCCUGUCCUGUACAAUGUAGACCAGCCAAUCACAAAGACUGGACAUUCUGUUAAUAUAUGACAUUUCUCUGUUUAUCGUAUACUAUUAAUAGGAUUACUGUAAUUGUGUACUGAUAACUAUUAAUAAAUUUUAAUCAAUAUUCCUGUUACCUUACAUGAAGGAAAAAUUUUGAAAAAUAAGACCAACUAUGACCGUUACAUGGGGAAAAAUAUAUUAAUGGAGUCUCCAAAAUACUGUUGUGUUAAGUCACAUGUGAAUCAAAGCAGACUGUUCCAAAUUUUGGCAUCAAAAAUUAAAAAUUUCCACAAAGGAUCUUUGGAGGUGUGGAACCUGUCUUUUACAGCAUUAAAUGAAAAAAUAGUUAAUUCUAAGAUCUGAUGAAUAACAACAUAAGAAAGAUUUUACCAGUAAAAAUUAGCUGACAAUAGUAAAUCAAACUGUAAUAAAGACUACACCUACUGGUUUUAAAUAUAUCAGCAAGUUUUUCAAGGAGAAAGUGAACAAAACCGAAGAAUGGAGAGAAAUCCCUCAAAAAGUGGAAAAUCGGAUAAUGAUUAUGAUACAUACUGACAUUAUGCUAAAGAUGAGUUUGACACUAAUUACAACUCCUCAGCUGCCAUCAGUCAGUUUUUACAUAACUAAAUUGUCAAGUGUGAAG